AGGAGUAUUCCUAUGUUUGAGUCCUUGACGACCUACAACAACUGCUGCACCCCGUUCUCUUGGGUUAAGCACUAGUUUGCUCCACAGGGAAUAAAAAGGCUCUGCCCGCUGGAGUGCAGUGGUGACUCAAAAAGAACUCUAGUGGAGUCAGCCCUCCCACUCUUUUCCUCACCUAGGCCUCUCGACUUUCUGCUUCUCACGACGCUUUAAUAUUCGGCUUAGACCCAAGCCUUAACAAUCGGACUGCUGCAGUCCAAACAUGGCCUCCGGGGACGGGCUCAACUUCACGCCGAAAUCUGCAGAGGGAAAAGACAGGAUGGCCAACGAUGAGGCCUUCCAGGUCAAUGCUACCACCCCUUCGACCAAUUUGAACGACAUGGACUGUGAGAAGCAUGGAGCUACUAGCGAGUCCAAUCCUGUCCCGAAUUUAAAACGGGAGCUUAAAAGCCGACAUCUGCAAAUGAUUGCCAUUGGCGGCACAAUUGGCACAGGGCUUUUCAUUAGCAGUGGCACCGCCAUCGGUACAGCAGGCCCGGUGGGGGCGCUGAUUGCAUAUCUCUUCGUCGGCAGUAUUGUGUACUCAGUUAUGCAGGCGCUUGGUGAAAUAGCAAGUUAUUUGCCAAUCCAAGGAGCGUUCACGUCCUACGCGGCCCGAAUGAUCGACCCUAGCCUGGGUUUCGCUAUGGGAUGGAUCUAUUGGUUUUCUUGGGCUAGUACAUUUGCGCUUGAGCUUACUGCAACGGGAUUGAUCAUACAAUUUUGGGAUAAGGAUAUCAACAUCGCUAUCUUUAUCGCUGUGUUUUGGGUGGUCAUCACACUUUUCAACUUUCUGCCUGUCAGCUUUUAUGGCGAGCUGGAGUUCUGGUUUGCCAGUAUCAAGGUGAUCACGGUCGUUGGAUUUAUGAUCUUUGCCAUUUGCAUUGAUGCAGGGGUUGGAAAUAAAGGAUAUCUGGGCUUUACGUACUGGACCAACCCGGGCCCAUUUGCACCUUAUGCCGAUAUUUCUCCAGACUCGACAGCCAAGUUCGUGGGCUUUUGGGCUGUACUUAUCCAGGCGGGCUUCUCAUACCAGGGAACAGAAUUGGUUGGUAUCGCAGCAGGUGAAACUGAAAACCCUCGCAAGACUAUUCCUUCCGCCAUCCGCAAGACAUUUUACCGUAUCCUGUUCUUCUUCGUUUUGACCAUCUUUUUCAUCGGGCUGCUGGUGCCUUACACCAACGAAGACCUUGUUAAAGACGGAAAUGAUGCGAAUUCCUCACCGUUCGUCAUUGCAGCUCGACUUGCAGGCGUCAAGGUCCUGCCUCAUAUCAUCAAUGCCGUCCUAUUAACUGUUGUCCUUUCCGCUGCCAACUCCAAUGUUUAUAGCGGUAGUCGUAUCCUCAUCGGCUUGGCUCAGGAAGGGCUCGCCCCGCGUUGGUUCAAAAGAACGUCGAAAAAGGGUGUGCCCUACUACGGUGUCGCAUUCACUGCAAUGUUUGGCUUGCUCGGUUUCAUGAACGUGUCCAAUGCUGGUAGUACAGUGUUCAACUGGCUUCUCAACAUCGCAGGUGUGGCAGGCUUCAUCACAUGGUGCUCCCUGAAUGCUUGCCACCUUGCAUUCAUGCGAGCUCUGAAAGCUCGCAAUAUGUCUCGAGACCUUCUUCCGUUCAAAGCGAUGUGGCAGCCCUGGUAUUCUUGGUAUGGGCUUUUCUUCAACAUAUUGAUCAUUUUAACUCAAGGAUUCACCGCUUGGAUCCCAAGUUUCAGUGUGACAGAUUUCUUCAUCGCCUAUCUUAGCUUGAUUCUUUUCGUGGUGCUUUACUUGGGGCAUAAGAUAUUCUAUCGGACGUCCUUCGUUUCCCCACUCGAGGCCGAUAUUGACACGGGCCGGAUUUCUCUUGAAAACGAGUCCUGGGAAACCACCACUUCUACGAAGUGGUACCAAAGAGUGUUCCGCUCGUUUCGAGGUUAAAGGGGGCCCUUUUACAGCCCUCGUGGGAUGAUCCUUAGCACUUUGGGCCAUUGGGUUAUUUAUUCGAAUUUUCGUUUUUGUUUAUUUUAUUGCGCAUAUAUAUAUGAUAAGUAUAUACACAUCUUCGCGCGGUAUCAGAGAAACCCGGCAUCACAUGGGUGGAUGAUGGACGAGUUGAUAUUGGUUCCUUUCGUCUUGUACAUUAUAUUAUACCUUUUCCUUUCUUUUUCUUUUGCCUCUCUUUCUCAUGUUUUGUUUGCAUUGGCAUGGAGUUUGGGGGGAUGAAUGGCUGUGAACUAUUACUAUUCAUUUGCAAAGCAUAGAGGAAAUGCAACGAACCUUUGCUUAAACAUUGAUAUAUGAGGAGAGGUGUAUAGUAACUGUACCUAUUAAAAUAAUUAUUGAAAUAAGUUCACGUGCCAACCCAC